AUGCCGAUCCUAAAUCCCAGUCCCGAAUCCUCUACCACACGGCCAGACUCAAACCAGAGCAUGCCAAACCAAGAGGGUGCAAGCCUGGUUGAGAGGACACCAAAACCCGAGAUAGACAUAAUAAGCGACGGUAAUCUUGUUCUUGUCGUCGGACCAGAUAAAAAGCGGAUCAUAAUUACAGAGCAGGCUGCCCGCGCGUGUUCAAGUGUUCUAGCAGACAUGCUUGAUCAACUCGAUAUCAUUGCCGCUGACAAUAUGGGGUUGGUGUCUGAGCUUGUGCUUCGCAAUGACAAUCCACUCACGGUUCUAAACGCGUUUGGCAGCAUAUAUCCUGGCCAUCCCCAUACCAAUGAUCUGUCACCAGCAGAGAUCUACGAUGUGGUCGUGUUUGCCAGGGAGUAUAAGAUGAUUCCUGAAUUCAAGAAGGUCGCUCCGAACUGGUUCCGCCCAAGGUUUUGCGGCAUCAGCCUUCAUCCUGUGCAUGAGUUCUUUGGUCUGGGAGAAUGUUGGCACCUGAUGAUGGCAGCGCAUUAUAUGCGUCUAGAUGAUCCCGAUGCUCUCCCUGAUCUCCAUUUUGCAUUCUCCAAACUGAGCGAGCGAUUGGUAAGGGACAGGGACUCAUAUCAUAAUGCCCGAUUAUUAGAACCGGGGCCAGAUGCUCGCGAUAUUGAAGUCGAUAUCUACUGCGGAAGUAUGCAACAGAAAUGGAACAACAUCGUCAAUUUCGUUGCAUGGGAGGCGCUGGACCAUGCAUCGAAUCAAUAUUUACAUGGCGCUAUGAAAGCUCCUACCACUAUGAAAGCUUCUACCUGUGUCGGCCCUGAACAUAGAGAACAUGAACAAUUAUUUUAG